AUGCGAGGAGGUUUAAUUCUAUGGUCAUGCAAAGAAUUAGGUAACGCUCUGAAGGGUUCACCGUUUGAUACCUUGAAUAGAUCGUGUCUUCUCGAGGAGCGAUCAGAUGCGGCUUCGUACAGCUACGAUGCACCUGGAGCUUCCUAUUCGCUGAAAUGGAUCUUCCACAACGAUCUUGGUUUUAAGCGUGAAUACUCUCAGCUGGAGAUCGAAGCUAAGGCAAGGGCGGAGGAGUUGAAGGAAUCGAAUUCGAAUCUGGUGGUUGUGAAGGGGAAUCGGAAGAAUCAGGUUACAUGGAAGGGAGAUGGAUUUGAAGGGAAGAGAAAUGGAACCGGUAAUGGUGGUGAUGGUAAAGAUAUUGAUAAUUGGAAUAAUGGAGCUUUUGAUGUAUAUAAACUCCAGAAGAAGGUUAGGAACAAAGGUGGGAAUGGAAAGGAAAUAGAUACUGACAUAACUAAGGUUGAGCCUAAGAAAUUGGAAAAUAAAGAAAAAAAGGCAAAAGAUACAAUUUUGUUUUAUCGAAAAAUGGAAGAAAUAUAUUUAAUUGCUUAUUGA